CUGUGUUGACUGUCAAAGUCUGAGGGAGCCGGGUACCCGGAAGCCGGAGUUGAGAGCCAAGUUUCUGAGCCCGUGUGCCCCGAAUCAGCGACUCCCGCACCAUGAGUGCCCCGGGAGUGCUGUCCUUCACGCAGCAAGGCUGGGAGCAGGUACUGGCCAAAGUGAAACGCGCUGUGGUCUACUUGGACGCCGCCUGCGCUGAGAGCCUGCACUGGAGCUGCGGGUCUCCCCGACUCCUGGACGCCGUGGGGAGUCCUGCCUGUCACCUGCGGGAGUUCGAGCCCGCUGCCCUGGGAGGCGGAGCGGAGCAACCCAAGGCCGUGUUCGUGCUGAGCUGCCUGCUCAAAGGCCGGACCGUGGAGACCCUCCGCGACAUUAUCCGCCGCAGUCACUUCCAGUACUGUGUGGUGGUCACCGCCGUGAGCCACGCCGUCCACCUCACCGCUAACCAUGUGCCAGCCGCGGCCGCGGCCGAGCUGGAGGGGCAGCCGGUGUUCGAGCAGCUGGAGGAGAAGCUGUGUGAGUGGAUGGGCAACAUGAACUACACCGCCGAAGUGCUGCACGUCCCGCUGUUGCUCGCCCCCGCCGCGCCCCACCUUGCCCUGACUCCAGCUUUUGCUUCCCUGUUCCCACUGCUCCACCAGGAUGUGCAUCUCCUGAAUAGCGCUCGACCGGACAAAAAGAAGCUGGGUGGCCUGGGUGAGGUGGAUGCCAGUGCCCUCCCCUCUGAGUUGCUGCUGCAGAUCAGGUGCUUGGUGUCAGGCCUCAGUUCUCUGUGUGAGCAUUUAGGAGUCAGGGAAGAGUGUUUUGCGGUGGGUGCCCUCAGUCGUGUCAUCGCUGCAGAUCUUGCCAAUUUUGCCCCUGCCAAGAACAGGAGGAAGGCCGCCACAGGCAGGGCGUCGGUGGUCUUUGUGGACAGAACGUUGGAUCUGACAGGAGCAGUGGGACAUCAUGGAGACAACUUGGUAGAAAAGAUUCUAUCAGUGCUCCCGCAGUUUCCCGGCCACACUAAUGAUGUGAUGGUCAGUAUGGCCGGGCUUACGGCCCUCCAGGCUGAAGACGAGAAUCAGAACAUGGUUGCACCAGGCUGUCUGGCACAAUCCCAUGACACAGCAGCCCGAGCUCUGUGGGAAGCCUUGCUGAACACCAAGCACAAAGAGGCCUUAAUGGAAGUCCGGAGACAUCUAGUGGAAGCGGCCAGCAGGGAGAGCCUGCCCAUCAAGAUGAGCAUGGGGAGAGUAACUCCAGGGCAGCUCAUGUCCUAUAUUCAGCUCUUCAAGAACAACUUCAAAGCGCUUGUGAAUCACUGUGGACUCCUGCAGCUCGGACUGGCCACAGCUCAGACUCUGCAGCACCCGCAGACUGCCAAGUGGGACAACUUCCUGGCCUUUGAAAGGCUCCUUCUGCAGAGCAUUGGGGAGUCAACAAUGGGAGUUGUGUUGAAUCAGCUGUUGCCCUUGAUUAAACCUUUGAGCCAGAGGACCAGUGAUGACUACAGCCCUGAAGAGCUCUUGAUCCUUCUGAUAUAUAUUUAUUCUGUCACUGGAGAGUUUGAAGUGGAUAAUGAACUGGAUGAAGCAGAAGAAAAAGUGAAGAAAGCUUUGGCUCAAGUCCUUUGUGAGGAGUCUGAAUUGUCACCUUUACUGCAAAAAAUCACAGGCUGUGAUUCUUCAACUGACGUGACGCUUCCCAAAUCCAAAAUUGUGCUGGAUGAACUCUUCGCUUCGCUUCGGGACGUUGCUGGAGCCCGAACACUCAUGAAACAGUUUAAGUCUGUCUACGUUCCUGGAAGUCAGACCCAUCAGGCCUCCUAUAAACCGUUGUUGAAGCAGGUUGUGGAGGAAAUGUUUAGCCCUGAGAGAACAGAUCCAGUCGACAUUGAACACAUGUCUUCCGGCCUAAGUGAUCUCCUGAAAACUGGCUUCAGCAUGUUCAUGAAGGUGAGCCGCCCCCAUCCCAGCGACCACCCUCUCCUCAUCCUCUUCGUGGUGGGCGGAGUCACCGUUUCUGAGGCUAAAAUGGUCAAAGACCUUGUUCCCACCCUGAAGCCAGGAACCCAGGUGAUGGUGCUGUCCACGCGUCUCCUGAAGCCACUUCACAUCCCUGAGCUGCUGUUCGGGAUUGACCGGCUGCACCCAGACCUGGGCUUCUGAGCACGGAGCCGGGAACCUGACCUUGUCCGUGACCGUUCAGGCUUGGCCUCCGAAUCCAGGGUUCCUAUCGCCGCCACCGUGGGUACGAUUGAAUUCUGCCCACGGGGUUUUCAUCUUCAUGCAACGAAGCCCUUCGCUUAGCUAGCCCCUGUUCUUAAGAACAACAACAACAAUUUUUUCAAUUUUCUACAGACAUCCAAGUGUGUUUCAGCUGGCCUAAAUAAUGUGUGAUAAUGCCCCUGUAUCCUUCACCGUCUCUUUAUGAUGGUCUUGAUUCCACCUGGAAGCUCAUUAAUCCUGAAUAAAUGCCCGUGGGCAGAGUGUGGGGAGAUUUACAAGGCUUUUGAUCUGCAGUCACUGAUCUGCUUGAACAUCAGUAGGGUGGGACCAGCUUGGGUUGGGGGUUUG